AUGCGAAUAUGGAGAGCUUAUGGUAUUGGGCAGGGGAGGCUGAUUCCUUACCAAGAUUUAAUCGUAAAGCCUCAGGGUCCUACAGGACUUGUUGUAAAUGAGAUCUUCUUACUGCUCAAGGCGGCUCGGCUCUAUAGGUCAACAAUAAAUAGCGAUGGUGAAAAAUCGAAUGGUCUUUUCGCUUGUUCUGAGCCAGGCUACAACAUGGUUUUUAAAAAAUGCAGUGAACUAGAGAGUCACCUUAAUAUCGGCGAGCAUGCCACAUUCGCCGAAAUUUUGAUAAAGCUUAUGACAGACUUAAAAGAGACUGGGCGGAGAAAUUCCUCAGUGUUGACAGAGAGGAUAGUGACAGUGCACCCUUAG